UCCUAGUUGGAAGUAAUUUACUUUCGUUUUCUCACUGUAGUGUAGUGUAGUGUAGUGUUGUGUAGUUAUCGACAACAUUGAAAGAACACUUCACACAACAGAAGUCCGACAGAAAUAAUGGAUAACGAAACUCUCGAUGCCAAAACUGAGAUGACAGAAGAGGAACAAGAGAGAUAUGGGGAAGGAGAUGUAACUGAUGCAAAACCUGACAGGAAAGGGAGAUUCUUCCUGUUUGGCAGUAAAAAGCAGGAUGGCAAGUCGCAGGAGAAAGGGCAAUCUGAUGAAAGCCAUUACAGGAUUGUUUCACCGACAUUCCAGUAUAAGAUGAGCCACCGGCGCGUGGGCAAGUGCAUCAUCAUCAACAACAAGAACUUUGAUGAGGAGACAGGGAUGAAUGUACGCAACGGCACAGAUCGGGAUGCAGGAGAGCUGUACAAGUGCUUUAAAAGCUUGGGUUUUAAUGUUUUCAUCUACAAUGACCAGACCUGUAAAAAUAUGGAACGACUCCUUAAACAGGUCUCGGAAGAAGACCACAGCGACAGCUCUUGUUUCGCCUGCAUUCUGCUGAGCCAUGGCGAGGAGGGCCUGAUUUAUGGCACGGAUGGACCCAUGUCCAUCAAGACCAUGACCUCGCUCUUCAGAGGAGACAUGUGCAAGAGCCUCGUGGGCAAGCCCAAGCUCUUCUUCAUCCAGGCAUGUCGGGGUUCAGAGUUUGAUGAUGGCAUACAGACAGACUCAGGGCCGCCCAAUGACACGUUAGAGACGGAUGCCAAUCCAAGACACAAGAUUCCAGUAGAGGCGGACUUCCUGUUUGCGUACUCCACUGUACCAGGUUACUACUCCUGGAGGAAUCCGGGCCGAGGCUCCUGGUUUGUUCAGGCCCUUUGUAACGUUCUUAAUGAGUUUGGCAAACAACUUGAGAUCAUGCAGAUCCUCACACGGGUCAACUACAUGGUGGCCACUAGCUUCGAGUCGUGGUCGGAAGACCCCCGUUUUAGCGAGAAGAAGCAAAUACCUUGUAUGGUCUCCAUGUUGACUAAAGAGCUCUACUUCAGCUGAACUGAGUACACUAUCUUUACGUGCAGUGUUUCAACGGACUUUUCUUAGAACACAGAUUUUCUUGCCAAGGACUUUUAAUUUGUUGUUAUUACAGUAAAUAUUAACUGAAUUGUAAUGCUUUUUUGUUUUGUGAUCUGCCAUACAGAGGGAACACCUCAGUCUGAUACUUGAAAAAAAAUCAUUUUUUAUAUAAAUCUAGACAGGAUUUUAAAGGACUAAUUGAACGGUGCACAUUUCUGGACAGCAGGCGGCGAAGACACAUUGGUCAUGGCAGAAUUUCAACCAAGCUGUCCGAACAUUCAGGGAAGCUGUGUUGUUCGUGUGUGAAAGCAAUUUUUUACGUUGUGCUGCGCAUAUGGACACAGAAUAGCUCUUCCUCUGUGAUGCUUUAUGUUCGAGUUUUGGUGGUUCUUUUCCACUUCUUCUAAAUAUUCCAGGAAGUGAUGUCACAAAUAUUCUCUGAACUUUGUCGACUGGCAGUGUAAAAAUAUCCAUGUUGCUUUGCCAAUUUUGAAAGAUUGCUGCCAUUUUACUCUACAAGAUAUAAACAUAAUCUUAAUAAAACACCAAUCAUUUCCAUGACUCGAAG